CGUAAUCUGGCAACACUGUGUCCAGUUUUACCGCCAAAAUAAAUUGCUAGGUUUAUUUACGAAAAUUACACGCCGAGCGAAAGGACAACGAAUGGAGGAGGAAUUGAAGCAGCAGUUCGACGAGAUGGGCGUGGAGCCAGCGGACUCAGUUUUGGGCAGGUGUGCGGAGCUGGCCAUUACGUACAACAUCCACGACGCCACAGAGUUCGUGGAGCAGUGGAUGGCCUUCAGCUUGUCGCACCUUCAUGGCGAAGAUCCUGCGAUCGAGAAUCUGGGCGACUUCGAGCGGAAGGUGCUCCAGCUGCGGAAGGACAAGGCGUGCUCCAAAACAACUGGCCAGACGGUGAAAUCAUAUGGUUCGCCCUCUGUACAGGAUACGAACUCACUGGUUACAUAUGGCGUCAUGGAGGACGAUCGCAUGCUUGAUGACUAUGUCAGCGAAUCGGCAGUGGACUCCUCCGCUCUGCAUACGCCCAAGGCCAAGAAGGAGUCGGUUCGAAGCUCCAAUCUCAAGGGCGGUGUGCUCUUUAGCCCCGCCAGCUAUACACCCCAAUCGGCAAAGAGGAAAGCAGGUUUAGAAACACCAUCCAACUCAGUGGCCGGCAAGCCGGGCGACAUAGUCGACACCUUCGGACAUCCCAAACUCCUGGCUGGCUCCAGCUGGCAGUCGCAAAUGGAGCACACGGUGCCAGUAACCCAAAAACUGCUGCACAACGAAGCCUCGCUGACCAUCGCCAAUUUGGGCUACAUGAACGACUUGCUGACCGACCGAUGUCACAACCUGCGCGUCCGCUUUGACCAAACUGGGCCUGCACUGGUGGACAAGAAACUUGGACAAGCAGGCGCAGCCGAGUGCAUUUGGUAUCCGCAGGAUAGGCAGGUAUUGCAGUCCGCAGGUGGACUCCACGCGUUGGGAAUGAUUCAUUCCGAGGACGAUGGCCCACUGGACGCCCACUCCGCAUUUAUGGCUGUUUUAGAUGACGAUAUAGAAGAUGAAAUGGACCCAACGCUCACGCUCAACUUCUCCAGGGUCAAGUCUGCCAGCAUAUUCCCAGGUCAAGUGGUGCUCGCCAAAGGGUUCAUACCCAGGGGCAAAACCUUCAUGGUAGAGGAGAUUCACACAGAGCGCAAACUGACGCCAGCAACGCCUCUGCAAAUAGACAGGGAGCUUCAGUUUGUGGUGGCCUCCGGACCCUUUACGGACAGUACGGAUCUCUUCUACGAACCGCUGCACGACCUGCUUAAGUACCUCAAGGAUCACAGACCUGACGUGCUGGUGCUUACGGGACCCUUCCUGGAUGCGGACCACAAGAUGGUCGGCGAACUGGCCGAGACCUUCGAUACAUUCUUCGAGAAGAUGAUUGGGGGAAUAAUGGAGGCGAUUGGUAGUCACACCGCAGUGCUGGUGGUGACCAGUCAGAAGGACGCCAUGGCGCUCUCCGUAUAUCCAACGCCGCCACCCACUCUGCGCAGAACCUAUCCAAAUCUAUACAUGCUGCCCGAUCCAUCUCUGGUGGACUUGGAUGGCCUUACGCUGGGCGUUACCUCAACCGACGUGGUGGAUCACCUGCUGAGUCACGAGUUUGCUGUAAAUGCCGGCGAGCGGAUGCACAGGGCCAUCAACCACUUGUUCCACCAGGGCUCCUUCUAUCCUUUGUAUCCUCCGGCGGACGAAGACAUGGCCUACGAUUCCCAGCUGGCGUUGAAAUAUGCACAGCUCAAACAGCUGCCAAAUGUGCUCAUCCUGCCCAGCGACCAGCGGCACUUCGUACGCUUGGUCAACGACUGCCUGGUGAUCAAUCCCGGCCGUGUCGCGGACAAGAAGGGCGGCACUUUCGCCCGCUUCCUGGUGGCGCCUUCGGUGCCGGGAAAGCCAGCCAACAUGUUCAACAGUGUGGCGUGCCAAGUCCAACGCAUCUAACCUGACCACUUUGUGAUGAUGAUAAGGAUAGGAUAGUGGAAAAUAUCGCUAUCGUUCAUUUUGCAUUGAGUAGGGUAAUAAGAUCAGUACAAUAUUAUUAGUUAAUAUAAUAAACACUACUUUGUCAUAACUUUUCAUAAAA